AGAGGCCUGACCCUAUAGAUAUUACAUCUGUGGAACUACAAGUCCCAACAGUCCCGCCCCCUCUAGAGAGCAGAGGCCGUCUACAGGGGCUCCCACCGCGGCCUGGUCAGACACGGGUUAACAGUCCUCCGCCUGUCAGUGUGAGCUCCCGGCAUGCUUUGCUCUCUUGGCAACAUGGCGGCGCCCAGUGACCGGCAGCCUUCCAAUCCUCUCAGCGGGUUCCCGUUCGCUAUCCCGGGGGUGAAGCAGGAUGGGGGCGGCAAGGAGGGAGAGGCAAAGCCCAAAAAGCCGUGCCGGGCGUGUAUGGACUUCAAGAGCUGGAUGAGGGAACAGAGGAGACAGAGCCCGGCCUCCGAGGAAGUUGAGGAUAAGGAGCGCCCCGCUGAGUGUCCACUAGAUCGAGAAGCGCUUGGCCGCAGUACCUGGUCCUUCCUGCACACCAUGGCGGCCUAUUACCCCGACCUCCCCUCCAACAAACAGCAGCUAGAAAUGAAAAGCUUCAUUAAUAUCUUCUCCAAGUUUUAUCCCUGCGAAGAAUGUGCGGAGGAUCUGAGAGACAGGCUCUCGCACGCGCAGCCGGACACCAGUAGCGGACACAACCUGUCACAGUGGAUGUGCAGGCUACACAAUGACGUCAAUAGGAAGCUGGGCAAGGAUGAAUUUGACUGCUCCAAAGUGGAUGAGCGAUGGCGAGACGGCUGGAAGGACGGGUCCUGUGACUGACGCGCUGCUUACCUCCUUCUUUGUUUUUGUCUAUUUUCAUACUUUUGGUGGAAUUUGUAAGACGACGUGGACGUGGGAUUCCAUUUUACAUCGGGAAGGUUCAGAUUAUUCGAUAUUUCUUUGUGUUUUCUCAAUCUGCUUGUGACGGCCGCACACACGGGGGCUUAUUCCUAAAUAUUCACCCCGAUGACGAUCAUUAUACCCUCUAUACUACUGAGUGGAAAUGUCAUAGAGUGACUUCUCCAUGCGCCAGAAAAUCACUUUGGUAAGCGGUCGGCCGUCCGAGACAGAUGAUCGUUUUUCCAUUGCAGGCGGUGGACAUUGCUAUUUCCCCUACAUACAUGACACGAGGCGCCGCGGUUUAUGAAUUGGUUUAGUGGCUGCGUGAUUUUUUUUUCUUCCAGAAAACAGCUGUGUUGCCUGCAAAGCCACUGAGUUAUUUGCAGUAAAUCAUGUGACCACUGACACAUUUCAGCCGUGUCAGGUCCGCCACAGGUGGCACUAAGAAUGCAAUGCUCCUGGCCACCAGGGCAGAUCCCAUUACGGUCAAUUUUGCUGACUGUCCCAGACAUCUGAAUGAGGCUUGCGGAAAUCCAUGUACAUGCUCCGGAGGUGAGGUCAUGCAGAUUGUUAGUUGCCCAAAUUUCUGUCAUUUGAUUAUCAUAGAAGCAUGUCCACGGGAGUCUGAACCGCCGCCAUUUUUUAUAAAUGACCAAGUGUAAAUUCCAGAUUUUUUUCCUAAUUUUUUUAGUGACCCCUAAUUAGUUGCUAUAGACAUCGUUUGCGUCGGUUUUGAUACAUAUCUCCCUUAUAUUUUUAAGUGGUAACCUCACCCCCAGUGCACAUGUGUCGGGGUAACGGAGGGCCACCUCACCCCCCACUUCAUCAUAUGAAUACGUUUUCUG